GCCGGGCGCUACCCCGCGUCCGCGUCCCCAUCCCCGCCCCACCCCGGCACUUGUGAUUGGCUGUGCGCGCCCCGAGCCCUCCCGCAGGCGUCCGGGAUUGACCCAGUAAUAGGAGGGAGGGUUUGCGACAGCGACCCGGCCCUCGGAACCGGUCAAUGAUGUCGCAAGCUGGUCUGGAGCCCGGGAAUGACCGCUCUUGCCUCACCGUUUGCACCUUUGCGCACACUGACGGUAACGAAAUCUUCGUUCAAUGAACGAGUCAUUGUCAGCCUCUUACCCUGGACUGUGACCCACUUCAGAACGGGGGGGACCCAGCCGAUUCUGUGUGGUGUCAUCGGGGCCCUAGUGAAUACGUGGUUUCUGCUCUCAAGAAUGGUACCGACUUGCUGGAGAGCUCCAACAUUAAAUUAAACCUAAUAGUUAUUUAUUGAGGGCCCUGAGCGCCAAGCACUGGGUAGAAAUCACAAAUUUAUUGUAAUCCAUUCAGCGAGCUUUGAUGGAGUGUCUGCUGUGUGCCUGUUUUGGGCGGGAGGCACAGGGGCAUACAAAAAAGAUAUUUCUGUCUUCAAAGCGUCCCAGCUCCCAGCCGAGAUGUUUAAAUACAAUCUAUGUCCUAACCCAUUUCAGACACAAGGAAAAUGAGACCCAGAAAAGAAAUUUGUCUUAAGAUACACUCUCAGACUAAAUGAGACCACCUGGCCACUGCAGCCCUGAUUAAGGAGACGGGGCAAUGUAGCUUGCGUGGGAGGAUGGAGAGUGGGGUGGAGCUGGACCUGUUUAUGCCACAGGGAACAACACAGCCCUGGUCUCUGCCCAGGAAAGGUACAGGGUAGACCGAGAAACACAGCACCUGUCUGCUCCCAUCCCUUGAGCGCACUGAGACGGGGACUGGGGUGAGGGGAGGCGGGGGCGGAAGAGCCCUUCACCGAACCAAGGCUUGGGACGUCUCGAUUCAGGAACCAGAGAAAGAACUUUUGAAGGUUUUGAGCUGGGAAAACCUGGAAUCUGAUUUGCACUUGCCGUUAUGCCCAAGUAAAAACAACAAAAACAGGACCAGGCUGAAGCUACGGUUAGGGCAUCCUGCCCCCCACCCCACUCCAAGGUUGCCCAAUGGUGGCCCGAGGUGAGAGGACUGGCUGCUUUGGUGGAGAGCAGGGGAGAUGCCUGCGUUGGGGUCAUCUGCAUCCCAGAGUUUGCUGGGACCAAGGAUGGGGCCUACAUUCUAAGAUCCAGAUGUGGGCCAGCAAGAAGACAGAGCCAGCAAGGAAUCACCUGGAUCCUGCCUGAGAGAGCCAGCUGCAUGGGCCUGGGAUAUCCACUACUAACUGCCCAGGAAGGCUCCUUCUUGUGCACAGGUGCUGCCCAGGUCUUCCAGACCUAUGAUGGAGGAGGAAGCGGGGGAGACACCCGGGCUGCACAGGUCUACUGCCCCCCAUAACUUCCACUUUUAUCACAUGGAUCUGUAUGACUCUGAAGACAGACUGCAAAUCUUCCCAGAAGAAAACACUCGGAUGACAAGAGAAGUCGUCCAAGCUGAAAUGACCAGUGAGCCAAGAGGGGCAGUGAAAGGUAAGACUCAAAGAGACCUCGAAGAGGAAGUGGACGAACUUGUCCAUUUAUACGGACUUGAAGAUGAUCAUGAACUGGGGGAUGAGUUUGUUGAUGAAACCACGCCCAGAAUAGAGGUUUCAGAAUAUCCUCCUUAUGGGAUGACGAGGAGAGAACCAGCCAGGGAGCAGAGAGACUGGAGACUUAGUGCAGAGGCAGCUGAGACCCAGGACCUGGGCUUCGGAGGGUGGGGCUCAGCAGGCCAGUGCCAGGACUUGCGAGAAGCCUAUAGGUACACACACGGCCGUGCCAGUGAGGAGUAUGAAUGCUACGUCAUCCCAGAGGAGGAGGACGAGGAAGAAGCUGCCGACGUCUUCUGUGUCACUUGCAAAACUCCAAUAAGAGCAUUGGAGAAGGUUUUUGAUGAACACAAAGAACAUGAGGUGACCCCACUCAAUAAAGCCCUGGAGAGCGCCAAGGAUGAAAUUCACAAAAAUAUGUACAAAUUGGAAAAGCAGAUUAUCGAGAUGGAAAAUUUUGCAAGUCACUUAGAAGAGGUUUUCAUCACUGUGGAGGAAAAUUUUGGAAGACAGGAACAAAACUUCGAGUCACAUUACAAUGAGAUCUUGGAAACACUGGCUCAGAAAUAUGAAGAAAAAAUACAAGUUCUAGGGGAGAAGAAGAAAGAGAAGUUAGAAGCCUUAUAUGGACAACUGGUCAGCUGUGGAGAAAACCUGGACACCUGUAAAGAACUGAUGGAAACCAUAGAGGAGAUGUGUCAUGAAGAGAAGGUCGAUUUCAUAAAGGAUGCUGUGGCUAUGGCUGACAGACUUGGAAAAUUCCUGAAAACAGAAACAGACGUGGAGAUCUCGGCGCAGCCUGACUUUGAAGACCAGACCUUGGACUUCUCGGACGUGGAGCAGCUGAUGGGCGCCAUUAACACCAUCCCAGCUCCUUCUGCUCCAGUGAUAAACCCACAGGCCCCCAACUCGGCCACGGGCUUCUCGGUCCGGGUGUGCUGGAGCUUGUACUCUGACGACACCGUGGAGAGCUAUCAGCUAUCCUACCGGCCAGUGCAGGAUGGCUCGCCUGGGAAGGACCACACAGAGUUUACAAUGACCGUCAAAGAAACAUAUUGCUCAGUGACAAACCUUGUGCCAAAUACCCAGUAUGAAUUCUGGGUCACAGCUCAGAACAGGACUGGCCUCAGCCCUGCCAGUGAGCGCGCAGUGUACAUGACAGCGCCUUCUCCUCCCGUUAUCAAAAGCAAAGAGAUAAGGAGCUGCGAAGAGGCUGCGCUGAUUUGCUGGGAGUCCGGGAACCUCAAUCCUGUGGACUCGUACACGGUGGAGCUGACCCAGGCGGAAACGCCGGAGGCCUCGGGCGUAACUGAGUCUGUGGUGGGCAUCCCGACCUGCGAGGCCCUGGUGCAGCUGCAGCCCCGGCAGAGCUACACAAUCUACGUGCGCGCCCUCAACAUGGGGGGCCCCAGCGCGAGGAGCCAGCCUGCCACGGUCCACACCACAGGCAGCUACUUCCACCUCAACGAGCAGACCUGUCACCCCUGGCUGACCAUUUCUGAGGAUGGGCUCACGGUUGUACGAAGCGAAAGGAAGACCUCCGCAGGGGAGCUGCCCGCCAGCAACACCCGGUUUACGAGGUGUGUUGCUGUCUUGGGAAACCUAAUUCCAGUCCGAGGGCGCCACUACUGGGAGGUGGAGGUGGAUGAGCGUUUGGACUACACGGUGGGUGUGGCCUUUGAAGAUGUCCCUAAACAGGAGGACCUGGGAGCAGACAGCCUCUCCUGGUGCCUGAGGCACACGUUUGUGUCAUCAAGGCACAAGUAUGAAUUUCUACACAACAAGACGACUCCAGAUAUAAGAAUAACGGUUUCCCCAAGGAAGAUUGGCAUUCUGUUAGACUAUGAAAAUUCAAAAUUGUCAUUUUUCAACAUGGACAUUUCUCAGCAUCUAUACACAUUCAGUUGUCAGUUUCACCAAUUUGUGCAUCCCUGUUUUUCUUUGGAAAAGCCCGGAUGUCUAAAGAUACAUAAUGGCAUUUCAGUGCCCAAGCAUGUCACCUGCUAUUAGACCCUUCCAAUGGCCAGCUUCCUGUCUCUCUUCUGUACCAACCCCUCUCCCAGCCACUCAAGCCUCAGCUGGUUGAACUUGGCAUUCAAGCACCAGGCACCCAGCACAAUUUAUGGCUCACGUGAUUAUCUGGCAGCCUGGUGUGCUGGUGCUCAUUUCACCUGACCUGGAUCCUAGUCCUGUGUGCUGCCACCUGUGUAAUGCUACGCUAGUCGUUACCAGGCCUGGCUGUAAAAUGAAGGCUCAGACUAUAUGAUCUCGAAGGUCUUUCAAGUCAUCAAAUUAUAUUAGUGUAUUUGUGUAUAUGCAAAGUAUCUGAGUCUUCAAGGCCCACAGAGCUUGGGGAGGGGGAGGGAAGAGAUACAUAAGUGUUAGUGGCUCUAACAGCCCCAGUGACAUUUCAUUAGUCAGCCAAAAAGACUUGAGAAGGCAAGAGGCUACCCACAAAGAGAAGCAGGGGAGCCACGUGCCCUUCUCCUUUCCUGUUUUCCCAGUAGUCAGCGGCACUGUGAUGAGUUUCUCCCACUGUACACUCUUUCUAACAACCUGUUCCUCUCCUUCAUGGUACUUACUCCACUGUAACUCUGAAGUGACCUUUGUAAUGUCUGAUUCCAUGAAGGCAGGACAGUGUCUGUCUUGUUCAUCACUGAAUCCCUAAGGGCUAACACACAACAGGUGCACACCAAAUACUUGCUAAUAAAUGAGUUUCUUCUUCAUCCAA